AUGUCUUCUCGACUAACAGCAGCCGGGGGUAGCGCUAGUCGAAUGCCCGUCAAGAGAAGCCCAUUCUGGAACCGCCUCAAAGACGCCCUCUUUAGCACCGAAACUGCCACUCGCGACGACUACCUGUACCAGCCUCUUGGACGAGCCCAACUUUCCGAACAAGAACCGGCAUCCUCUUCCUCUUCUUCGUCUUCCGCUGCGGUAGCUUUCCCCGCAACUGGCAAGAUGCACGCAAUGCACUCCUCAAGCGACGAGGCCGUCAAGACGGCCCCCGUCACCACCACCACGCCGGCCGACGGCCACUACGCGCCCCAGACCACCGACGACAAUUACCGCGACCUGCAGCGCGAGCCCAGCGGCGCCGCCGACUCGGUCACGCAGGGUUUGCACAUCCUACAAAAGCAGUCGACGCACUGGUGGUCUUACUUUACCACGCCCGACUUUUGGAUCGUCGUCGCCAUCGGCCAGGUGCUGGCGCUGUGCAUCACCGCCACCAACACCUUUACCACGUUUCUCGCCAACGCGCACACCAACAUUCCCGCCUUCCAGACCGUCUUCAACUACAUUCUCCUCUUCCUCGUCUACACGACCAUCAUGCUCGUCCGGGAUGGUCCGCGCGUCUGGUGGAAAGCGGCCCUCAAGGACGGCUGGCGCUACCUCAUCAUGGCCUUUCUCGACGUCGAGGGCAACUACUUUACCGUGCUCGCCUACCGCUACACCAACAUUCUCUCGGCGCAGCUCAUCAACUUUUGGUCCAUUGUCUGCGUCGUCCUCAUCUCCUUCACCCUGCUCAAGGUCCGCUACAAGGUGUUCCAGGUCAUUGGCAUCCUCGUCUGCUGCGGCGGCAUGGGCAUCCUGCUCGCCUCGGACCACAUGACCAACAGCAACGGCGGUCCGGCCGAGAACCGCCUCAAGGGCGACCUGUUUGCCCUGCUUGGCGCCACCCUCUACGGCACCAGCAACGUCUUGGAGGAGUGGCUCGUCUCCAAGGCGCCCAUGCACCACGUCCUCGCCUUCAUCGGCCUCUUUGGCAUGAUCAUCAACGGCAUCCAGGCCGCCAUCUUUGACCGCACCUCCUUCCAGCAGGCCCACUGGGACUCUCACGUCGCCGGCUGGCUCGUCGGCUACACCCUCUGCCUCUUCCUCUUCUACAGCCUCGCGCCCCUCAUCCUGCGCAUGGGCUCCGCCGCCUUUUUCGACAUUUCCCUCCUCACCGCCAACUUUUGGGGCGUCAUCAUUGGCAUCCGCGUCUUUGGCCUGUCCAUCCACUUCCUCUACCCCAUUGCCUUUGUCUGCAUCAUCCUCGGCCUCGUCACCUACUUCCUCUCCGGCAGCCUUCUCGGCGACUCCAAGAAGCCCUGGCUCGGCGAAAACCAGGAGGACGGUGUUGCUGGCCUCGGCACCGCCAAGCUGCGCGCCAUCAACGCCGCCCGCAUUGCCCAGCAAGAGGCCGAGAAUGGCCAUCCCGUCUCCGAGGCUACCUCUGCGGCCGCCGGCGUGGGCGGUGCUGGCUUCAUGGCGCGUGCCCGGGCAAAUGCGCAGAGAUUGUGGAACAAGGAGGCCAUUUAG